GAGUAGAAUGCAGAACGUAAUCAAAGAACAGAGCGCGAGUCUGAGACACUUUAAUCAAGAUAAGCCAUGCCAUUCGAAACCAAAAACAUCAAAGGAAUUAAUCGCCAGAAAUUGAAUUUUAACGUGUAAAAAAGCCCUUCGUGGAUAAUCGUCAUAGAGAAGAUAACUAAAGGAAACUGCUGCUGAUAACAACAACAUUGUGCAGCGGCAAGGCAAGGUUAUUCAACUUAAGAGUGCAGCUUCGGUGCAACCGACUGAGAGAGGGGGAGUGAGGGAGACGGAGAGAGGAGGAGGAGUGCAACAGAAUGAGCGAUCUGCAGAUAAGUCAGGCAAGGUCCCUGCAUCCCAGUGUCCAGCCUUGGCUGGUGGCACCUUCAAGGAUUUGUCUGAUGGGCUGCCAGGAUGUGAAACAAUCCGAACUGCGUCGCUUUCCAGUCCACGAUGCCAAACGCUGCAACCAUUGGCUUCGACAUUUCGGUGUGAGCGAUCAGCGUGUGGAGCAGCUUGGCGGUCUGCAAAAACUUCGCAUCUGCUUCAGGCAUUUCCAGAAUAUGGCCAAGACGCGCAUCAAAAUGACGCCGCUGCGCAAAUCCAAGGCCAUGCCACCAACAACAACAGCAGCAGCAGCAGCAGCCGAUACAAAUACUAAGGGAGGAGGAGGUGGAGCAGAAGCAGCUGCCAAGCCCAUUGUGGAUAACAACACCAUCAUACAACUGGUUAAGAUCCCCAUCAGAGAUCCACAGAAAGUACAACAGGCCAAAAAAUCGGUGACCACCAUUACACCCGUGCCACAGCGGUCUCACUCCAUCUGCUCCUCGGCCUCCAGCGACGUGCAGUCCAUCAGCUCCGACUACGAGGCGGCACUGCCACUGGCCGCUCUUGUGGAGUCAUCACAGAAUGGAAAUGGUUACCCGGAUAAUGGAAAUACUGGCCCGAAGAAUGGAAUCAUUCGCCAGGAGAAUGGCCAGCCGAAGAAGAGGAAGCUCUACUUGAUCACUGAGAAGUCGGAUGAGAAGAACGGCCAUGGUACGGAGAUCAAUGGCCAGCCCAAGAAGCGAAAGAUGUUUGUCGUCGUGGAGCAGGAGAAGGAGUCGGUGGCUAAGAAGCUGAUGAUUGUCAGCGACAAGCCACAGGACAAUCUCACCCAGCACUUGGAGAAGCUGCUGCCCCAGAUACUCAACCGCAUACAGGACAAGGAGCAGAAGCAGGUGAAGCCGCCUCCUCUGGCAGUGAAGGAGAAGCCUGUGGUACACAGGCCCCACAUUACCUUGCCGCCCAAGAAGAAUCCCACAAACUUUGUCAAAGUGUCAACGGAUUCGGCUCUAGCUGCAGUUCCAGUUGCCAUUCCACUGUCGCCACCCACUCCAUGUGUCAAGAUCGUGAAAUUAGAGAAGGAGGAAACAGGAGAAAAGGAAGAGCCGGCAACUAAAAUGAUAUCCGAGACCAACAUCAAUCUCUCGCCCGACUUUCGCUUUCUCAUGAAGAUCUUGCCGAAGCUGGAGCAGCUGCCUGAGCCGCACAAGCAGGACGUGAAGCGGUCCAUUCAGAUCUUCGUGGAGAAGAGCUACAGUAUCUAUGGCAAGAAGAAUCAGAUAUAGGUAUACAUAGGUAUACGUAUACACACAUGGAGUAUACUCGUCCAUAUUUUAUUUUAAUAUUCGUUCGGUCAAGUUCCCCCAUUUAUUUGAGAAAAGGCAUUUUUAAUUACGUUGUCUAAGACUGAAGCAGAACCAAUUUAAUUUUAUAAGCAAAAUCAAAGAAGAGCUGGAACAGCCAGUCCAUCCCAUCCUCCCCCCAUUAGGAUGUUAAGCAAACCAAAAUUUGAUAUUACCCAAUCAAAGACAAAAAUGGGUAUUUUAUGAGAGAACUAAGCCAUACACAACAAGCAUCUAAGCAUCUAAGUAUACAAGCCAGAAAUGUUGGAUUAUAUUAUUCAAAAGAAAUACUUUCUAUAUUGAAUAUAGAAACGCUGAUUUUUGAGCACAAUUAUAAA